AUGGCCUUCAUCGAGUACAACACCAUCAUGACCGCCUUCGACACCCCCAGCGCUGUCACCGGCGAGGGCGGCCUGAAGGAGGACUACAUCCCGGGAGACCUCGGCUUCGACCCCCUCAACCUCAAGCCCGACGACGAGGCGGCUCUGGACGUGAUGAAGACCAAGGAGCUGAACAACGGCCGUUUGGCCAUGAUCGGCAUCGCCGGCAUGUUGGCGCAGGAGCUGGUCAACCCGGCNUGAAGACCAAGGAGCUGAACAACGGCCGUUUGGCAAUGAUCGGAAUCGCCGGCAUGUUGGCGCAGGAGCUGGUCAACCCGGCGGACAUCCUCGGCUAAAUUGUUUGCUUUUGUAGACUUUCGUCGCUUGGAUUAUCUUGAUGUGAUAGAUCAAGUGUGAUCAAGUGUGUGUGUCUGAUGCAAAUGUGUUUUAUUGCGUCCGUCUGAUCCGAGAGGAUGGAAAAACGAAUUUGGGAAGUUCUACCUACCGUAUUGUUCGGCCUUGUCUCGCGAUCGCAGAUGCUGGUGUGAAGCGUGUUUAGUUGAUGCUUAGUUUUCGGUUGUUAUUUACUUCUGUACCGUAUGCAUUGCAAUGCUGAGUGUCGACGAUUAAACUUAUCUUCGAUUCCUUCGGCUUUUUGUUCUGCCACCGCUAUCUAUAUCGGCGUACGGAGGUAUCCGUGUCACUCUUGGGAUGUGUUUUGGCGAUAUAUGUGCUUGGUGUUGUUUGUUGUUUAGCCGAGGCGUGUUCCGCUCAGGUUCACGCGCAAUUUUGACUUUUUUUUCUUAAGACGAGCUCUGCGGGGAUUGCUGUGUUGUACAACCUCUUCUACGAUCACAGUGUUGUGUCAAGAUUUGAUAGGCCGAGCAUGCGAAGUGAUGAACAGGUUAGCAUGCGUUGUGCCACAUCCGAAACUCCGGAAUCUCGUGUUUGUUUGCGAGUCUGAAAUGUCUGGUGACAUGAGUUCAUGUAUGUUGCCAAAGCCUUCGUUGCAUACCGCUCUCGUAGUUUUUACUUGGUUGCAUGGUAAGGGGGGGGCGUGAAGUACUUAGAUGUACAUGGCUAGUGGCAAAGGUGGCACCACGUUGUAGGUUGCGUGCAGUGGCGUCCAGGGUGUGUGUGCCCUUGGGUUAAAACGCGUUGUGUAUUUUGAGUAUGAGAGACACCGUCUCGAGUUCGCCAUGCACGGUGAACCGCGUUGUUUGGGAGUUGUUCCGUCCAGAUGAUGACCUACGUGUUUUGCUCUUGUUGAAGGUAGUGUUAAUUGCCGACGGAAUACGAACUUGACGAAAACGUCCAUGAAAACACCCAUGUUUCAC